GAUAUUACAAAAACAUUUUCAUUUGAUCUUGUAGAUUAUUUAAUUGUCAACAAACUAGAAGCAACUCAAUUAUAUCGACAAAUUUUUAUUAUGAAUGUCACUAGUGAAUUGUCAUCAUCAGAAUUACUGGAUGCACUUUCAAAUGCACUUCCACAAUUAAUUGGAAUUAUUAUUACUCUUGGAAGUGAUGGAUUAGUAGCUUGGUUUGGCCCAGAAAAACGAGUCUAUACUUUACCUGCAUUUAAAACAACAUUGCGUGAUACCACUGGAGCUGGUGAUGCAUUUACUGGCUAUUUUGUUGCCAGCCUUGCUAGAAAUCAAUUGAAAAAUGAAAAAAAUAGUGGACUUAUAUCAGUUGAUUCUGAAUCAUCUAUUUUACCAACGGCUGAGCAAUUUUUGGAUUCAUUGAAAGAAGCAAUUGUGGCAGCUGGAUUAGCUGUUAGCAAACGAG